AAUACUUUUUUGUUAUUAAUUAUAUGUUAAAUACAUGAUUAAAUUACAAUGAAUAGUAUUUUAAGACUAAAUAAAGCACUUGAUUAGUAUUUAACGAGGGUUUCAGGUGAACGAGCCACCUGUUCGAAAUGGCUCUAACCAUCCCUUGUAACAGUUGUGUGCUAACUUCAUUUGAAUACUUCAUAGAAUAAACAAUAAUUUGUAAACACAAGUAAAGAGCGCUUGUUUCAAUUUAGUUUGUAGCUUCGUAUAAUUAAAAAUUAUUAAAAUGCACAUAUUUACGUAUGCGUUACUACUUAUAUCAUCUCUAAAUUCUGCUUUUGCACUUUGGUGCUUUGAGUGUGUGAGUACCCAACCAGGCUGUGGUGAUGACUUCAACUACUACUACAUGUGGAGCAAUGUGUGCAAAGAAGAUAAGGACAUUUGUGUGAAAAUUGUGGAAACAAAAGGAGCUGAGAAAGUAAUUACAAGGGCAUGCCUUAGCAGGAUCAGGGCUGUGAGGACUGACAUUCCAGCAGACACCUAUGAAGGAACUCGGAUGGCAGCAAAAGAUGUUAAAUUGGGCCAUUAUGUUAACAAUUCCAUAAAAGAACUUGACAUUCAUAGGAAUUACUUUGAUAAGACUGAGUACAGUUUCUGUUUUCUGGAUCAUAGAUGCAACAAUGCUCCAAAUAGUUUUACAUCAAGUAUUUUGGUGAUAACAAUGAGUGCCUUUGCUAUUGUUGCAAUUAGAUAAUAAUUCAGUUCUGGUUUAUUAAUGAUUAUAGAAUGUAAAAGAAAUGGUAUAAAGUUGGAUACAGUGAGGACCAAAAGAGAGGUCACCAGAAGCGUUAUUUGUUUGCUGCUUAAAGUUUGUUUGAGUUUACAAAUAGAAAUUCUGUAUAAAAUGCUUUUUCAAACAUAAUGGAUUCAGAAAUUUGUUGAAAAUAAGUAUAUUUUAUAAUUAAUCAGCUGUUUGAAAGGUUGUGACCUGUGUGCAGAUUUGUUUUUGUAGCAAAUCCUAUUAGAAUCAUACAUCCAACUGCUUGAUGAUCAUUUAAUAGUAAUAAAUGUUGGAUGAAUUUGAAUUUCCCUCCACACUUUUGGUGAUCCGAGUAAACAUUAAUUAAUCUGUUAUGUUUACUAACUAUCCGUCCGAAUUGAUGUACAUUUUUAUGAAAAAAUAUUUGUUUUGUUAAUUGUUUUAAUAUUUUUUGUUGA